GCGGCCACGUGGGGCGCUUGGGGUGCGGGGCCUCGUGUGAGCAGCGUUAUGCCCAAGGUGCGAGCGUCCCGCGGGGCCGGGGGAGCCCGGCGUCCGGCGCCCCACGUGCCCCUGGCCGAGCAGAUGGCCGGCGGGCGGGAGAGGCGGCGGGGCCGGGGCAGGGCGGAGCAGGGGGAGCAGGAGGAGGAGGACGACGGCUUGGUGGGGCCUCGGCUGAGCCGCAGGAUCCUGCAGCAGGCCCGCCGGCAGCAGGAGGAGCUGGAGGCCGAGCAGGGGCCCGGACCCCGCCCCACGCCGCCCAAGCCCCCCCACACCCGCCUCGGACCCGGCGGCCCGGAGGGCGAGAGCGACGGCGAGAAGGAGGAUGACGACGACGAGUGGCCCUCGUUGGAGAGGGCGGCGGCGUUGGAGGGGCCCGAGUGCGGAGGGCAGGUGCUCGUGGACCCCGACGACGAGAAGGCCAUCGAGAUGUUCAUGAACGACAACCCCCCGCUCAGGCGCACGCUGGCCGACAUCAUCAUGGAGAAGCUGACGGAGAAGCAGACGGAAGUGGAGACGGUGAUGUCAGAGAUCUCGGGCUGCCCCAUGCCCCAGCUGGACCCCCGGGUGCUGGAAGUCUACAAGGGCGUCAAGGAGGUGCUGUCCAAGUACCGGAGCGGAAAACUGCCCAAGGCAUUUAAGAUCAUCCCGGCUCUCUCCAACUGGGAGCAGAUUCUCUACAUCACAGAGCCCGAGACCUGGACCGCGGCUGCCAUGUACCAGGCCACCAGGAUCUUCUCCUCCAACUUGAAGGAGCGCAUGGCCCAGCGUUUUUAUAAUCUGGUGCUGCUGCCACGCAUCCGGGAUGACAUUGCCGAGUACAAGAGGCUCAACUUUCACCUCUACAUGGCUCUCAAGAAGGCCCUGUUCAAGCCAGGCGCCUGGUUUAAAGGGAUCCUGAUCCCGCUGUGUGAGUCGGGCACCUGCACGCUGCGAGAGGCCAUCAUCGUGGGCAGCAUCCUCACCAAGUGCUCCAUCCCCGUGCUGCACUCCAGCGCCGCCAUGCUGAAGAUCGCCGAGAUGGAGUACAGCGGCGCCAACAGCAUCUUCCUGCGGCUGCUGCUGGACAAGAAAUACGCCCUGCCCUUCCGGGUGCUGGACGCCCUGGUCUUCCACUUCCUGUCCUUCCGCUCGGAGCGGCGCCGCCUGCCCGUCCUGUGGCACCAGAGCCUCCUGACCUUGGCGCAGCGCUACAAAGCGGACUUGGCCACCGAGCAGAAAGAGGCGCUGCUGGAGUUGCUCCGCCUGCAGUCCCAUCCCCAGCUGAGCCCCGAAAUCCGCCGGGAGCUGCUCAGCGCCACGGCUCGGGACGUGGAGGCGCCCUCCGGGACAGACGUGUCCUGAGGGGACGUGGGCCCGAGGCCGGGCUCCCCCGAGCCGGGGAGGGGCGCGGGCUCCCGGCCGCCAGCCGGGGCAACCCGGAGCCCGUUAGGGGAGCGGAGGAGGAGGAUCUGGGCCCUGGCCCGCAGACUCGACUUGGGGGCCGGGGGCCGGCCGGCCCCGGUUCGUACGCCGUCGCCUGACCGGGGAGCGGAGCCUGGCCUGGGGACCCAGGUAGGAGCGGGGAGUCGUGACCCCGCGCGAGGUGGACGGUCGAGGCCGGGGGCCCCGGAACAAAGCCGUGUGUUCAUCUCCAC